GAGCAACUGGUGGAUUGGAUCUUUGGGAGAGAGAAAAAGGUGACAGAUUGCGCAGAAUAGCCGUUAGAUAUAAAACUGCGAGCCUGCUACGAAGCAGGUCAGAUCAGCCAACCCGCAUGCAAGGGGCUUCGCUACUAAGCAGCCCCCUGAUUUCAGCCAGCCCGCCGGGACCCCGAAUCUCUGCGCCCCAGGGGAAGCAAGACCUCCCGGGCCUGUCCCCCGUCCCCGGAGUUUGGGCCAACCCCCCUCCCAGCACAACUUUAGCAUGAUGUCUUAUCUCAAGCAACCACCUUACGCCGUCAACGGGCUGAGCCUGACAACCUCGGGCAUGGACUUGCUCCAUCCUUCCGUGGGAUACCCGGCGACCCCUCGGAAGCAGCGGCGGGAGCGCACCACCUUCACCCGGGCGCAGCUGGACGUGCUGGAGGCGCUGUUCGCCAAGACCCGCUACCCGGACAUCUUCAUGCGCGAGGAAGUAGCUCUGAAAAUCAACCUGCCCGAGUCCAGGGUGCAGGUGUGGUUCAAAAACCGCCGGGCCAAGUGCCGCCAGCAGCAGCAGCAGCAGCAGAACGGCGGCCAGAGCAAAGCGCGGCCGGCCAAGAAGAAGAGCUCCCCGGCCCGCGAAGUGAGUUCGGAGAGCGGCACCAGCGGGCAGUUCACCCCGCCCUCCAGCACCUCCGUGCCGGCCAUUUCCAGCAGCAGCGCCCCGGUGUCCAUCUGGAGCCCGGCUUCCAUCUCCCCCCUCUCAGACCCCCUGUCCACCUCCUCUUCUUGCAUGCAGCGAUCCUACCCCAUGACCUACACCCAGGCUUCAGGCUACAGCCAAGGAUACGCCGGCUCAACCUCCUACUUCGGGGGGAUGGACUGUGGAUCUUAUUUGACCCCGAUGCACCACCAGCUUCCUGGACCAGGGGCCACACUCAGCCCUAUGGGCACCAAUGCAGUCACCAGCCACCUCAACCAGUCCCCAGCUUCCCUCUCCACCCAGGGCUAUGGAGCAUCGAGCUUGGGCUUUAACUCAACCACCGAUUGCUUGGAUUAUAAGGACCAAACCGCCUCCUGGAAGCUAAACUUCAAUGCUGACUGCUUGGAUUAUAAAGACCAGACAUCGUCGUGGAAGUUCCAGGUUUUGUGAAGGCCUGUAGGACCCCUUUGUGAUAAGAAUGAAUAUUCCUAAUAAAUAAAUAAUAUUAAACAUGCUGGGCUGAACAUUCCAGUUUUAGUCAGGUCUUGGUUAAAUUAAAGAGAAAAAAACGAAAAAAAAAAGAAUCAAUAAAAAAGAGACAGUUGGUGUAAUCAUACCUAGAUUCACCUCCUGCCCAAAAGCUCUGGAAAGGAAUAAAGAAGAAAUGAAGGAAGAAGGCCUUAAAAGGACAGAUCAUCUACUGAGCAGAAGCAGACAGACCUACCUGUGUUCUUUAUAGUUUUAGCCAACUGUUGGGUUUCUUUGUUUGAAAGGAAUGGCAGAUCAUUCCACCUAUGGGCCAGUUUUAAAAAGAAAGUCUAGGUUUGGUUGUGUUUUUUUUCCUUCUCCUUUCUUUUGUGUGUGUGUGUGUGUGUGUGUGUGUGUGUGUGUGUAUGUGUGUGUGUGGAAAGAUCCUUCACGCAGAGGUUUCCAGCGUGCUAGCCAACCCUUGGUUAAAAAUCUUUGGAAUGGACAGCAUCUCUCGCUCGCUUUCUCUCUCUCAAGCUUAUUCAACUGUUUCAUGCCCAACUUGCUAGUUGGCACUGACAGACCUUGGUUCAGGGUUGUGUGGGUUGUGUGACUGAUUGUCCUAGCUGCACUAUUUUAUUUAAAAAUAAAAAGAAGAAGAACAAAUGUUCAUAAGGAGUCAAUAUGUAGUUUUUAAGAGACAAUCAGUGUGUGUCUUAUAUAAAUGGUACAUCUGUGGUUUUUAAUCUGUGCUAGACUUCAAAAACUGUGAUCUCCUGUAUUGUAUGCAAUUGUGAACUCCUCCCCAGCAGGGGUUCUGCUGUGAUUUAAAUAGGUUAUAAUUAUAAGUGAAAUUCAGAGCAACUGAGUUACCUAGUAUCAUCUUUUUUUAAAAAAACAACAACAAAUAACUAAAAAGAUCGCCUUUCACCAGAGGUGAACUGUACUGAAACUUUUUACAACAAACUGUCUCUGAAUGAAAGAGAAGAAAAACACACAAGGACACUAAACUCAUCUGUAGUAACUUACUGCUGGCCAAGCCGGCAGUAGAAAUAAAACAGGACCUUGGUCAAUUGCUCUGACCCGGAUGAAUUUACACGGAGAAAUUCAUUGUCGUUUAUGCUUGCAGAUGUUA